CUUACUCCCGUUAGUUAGGCCCGCCCCGCCGCAAGCCCCGCCCUCCUAGCCCCGCCCUCCCUCUAUCCCUGGACUGCCUGCCAGCGCAGCCCAGGCCACCACCGAGCGCUGGUCAGCGGGCGCCCAGAAAUGGACCAAUUUUGACAAGAUGUAGAGCUGCAGCGUGCCUGAUCAGACAUGUUCAGUCAUGGCAUCGGAACUUUGUAAGACGAUCUCUGUGGCCAGGCUUGAGAAGCACAAGAAUUUGUUCUUAAAUUACAGGAAUCUGCACCAUUUCCCACUGGAGUUACUGAAAGAUGAAGGGCUGCAACAUCUGGAGAGGCUGUACAUGAAAAGGAACUCACUCACAACCUUGCCAGAAAACCUUGCUCAGAAGCUUCCAAACCUUGUGGAACUGUACCUUCACUCAAAUAACAUAGUUGUGGUUCCGGAAGCCAUUGGGUCCCUUGUCAAACUCCAGUGUCUGGAUCUUAGUGACAAUGCCUUAGAGAUUGUGUGCCCGGAAAUUGGUCGUCUGAGAGCGUUACGUCAUCUUCGAUUAGCUAACAACCAACUACAAUUCCUACCUCCAGAGGUUGGCGAUUUGAAGGAGCUGCAGACACUAGACAUUUCUACCAAUCGUUUGCUAGCUUUACCCGAGAGGCUUCACCUGUGCCUUUCUCUGCAGUACCUCACCGUGGACCGCAAUCGGCUGUGGUGUGUGCCGCGCCAGCUCUGCCGGCUGCCCAGCCUCAACGAGCUCUCCAUGGCUGGAAACCGUCUUGCAUUCUUGCCACUUGAUUUAGGUCGCUCUCGAGAACUGCAGUACGUGUAUGUGGACAACAACAUCCACCUGAAAGGCCUGCCAUCCUAUCUCUACAACAAGGUCAUCGGCUGCAGUGGCUGUGGCGUUACCAUCCAGGUGUCUGAGGUGAAGCUGCUCUCCUUUUCAUCUGGGCAGCUGACCGUCUUCCUCCCAGCUGAGGUGAAGGCCAUCGGCACAGAGAAUGAUCACGUCCUGCCUCUGCAGGAACUGGCCAUGCGGAGUCUCUACCACACCUACCACAGGUUUCCGAAAGGUCUGAACUUUUUGUCUCCAAUAUCGUUACCCAGAAGUCUCCUGGAGCUGCUGCACUGCCCCCUGGGACACUGUCACCGGUGUAGUGAGCCCAUGUUUACCUUCGUCUAUCCCAAGCUCUUCCCCUUGAGAGAGACACCAAUGGCAGGCCUGCACCAGGGGAGGACAACUGUUGGCUUCGUGGCUUACUGCUGCUCCACCCAGUGUCUGCAGACUUUUGACCUGCUGAGCUGAUGAACACUCAAGAGCCUUAGCACUGCCGGCUCAACCCUGCAGUGGCCUGCUGUCGCCCAGCGUGCGUGGUGGGGCCAGGAGAGUCCAGCCGGACGGAACAGACCCUUCCAUCCCGUCCUGCCCUGUCCUGUCCAGUGUGGAGGCAUGCCGAACUCUCUGGAAAUGUCCUGAUUGGGCUUCACAACUAAAAGGCCUUCACCCUGCCCUCAAGUUGGAAUAUAUCCUCCCCCAAAUUAAGGACA